UUUUACGCCGUCGUCGUCGUCACACUGCGCUCGCUUUCAUCCAUCUUCUCCAUCGGUGGCAGGCAACAAGCAGCAAACUACUGUCCGGUUCUUCGCCCGCUCGUGUGGAGGUACUUUUCUGCGCUCUCGUCGUUCGGUUCCGCAGUACCGCAGUGGUGGUUUUCAUUCGCGUCCAGUCGCAGGCAGAGUCCAGCCGAAUCGCUCAGAGAGCAGUGCAGAAGAAGACCAGUGCGGGUAGAGGGUAGGUUUCGGUUACGGUAAAUUACCUCCACCGUUCGUUGGGUUCGUUUCGCGAUCGCCAAUCAUUCACAGUUCGAUCUUCGCCGCGAUCGGUCGCACGUUUCCAGUGAGAAGGCCGGAGAUUUCGUCAGUGCUGGUUGUCUUUUGUGUCGGAGAAACAAACAGCAAGCCAAAAGGGGGAUUCCGCCACCGUGUACAUUUUUAGGGGGAAAUAACUUUCACCUUCCGAAUUCCGAGUGGAAGAUCUAUCGCUGCUGCAGCUGAGAUUUACGUCACGUCCAAGUGCAACGUCUCCUCGAGUGCCCUGAAAGGGUUUCGUCAUCGCUGACCUCUGGACCGAUUUACCCCAUCAGAAUCGGAAUCGGUUGUGCUAGUGUUCUUGCUGCGGGUACCGCAAAAUAAAGGGAAGAAUCUGUGCGGCGAGAUAAGAGAAAGUGUAUACAGUUCCAAAAGAUGAUUGAAAAGUGAAUGCAGUGUUUUAAGCAAAGACUAUACAGUAGUUUCCAAUAAAGAAACAGGUUGAAGAGUGGGUAAAUAACGCAAAACUGUCCGGUUUUUAAGUUUUUGGAUUUCGUGUACGCUUUAGGAAUUUCGUCCGGCAGUUGUUUACCUAUAUCUGGGUACCCCUUAGAGAUCAUCGUUUGGGUAGUUGAGUUAGUGUGUGGCGUUGAAUCCCAGCUCGGAAAGCGAAACCGAAGUCAUCCAGGAAAAGAAGAAGAUGGAAUCUCUGAAAAAUAGUGAAACCAAUACAGCGGCCGAAGUGGCGGCGAGCAGUGCGGCGUCUGCGGCGUCCCAUGUCAAGGACGAGGCCAAGAAGAACAUGGACUUCAUCAUGAAGAACCUUCUGGCUGGAGGUGUUGCCGGAAUGUGCUCCAAGACGGCGGUGGCCCCACUGGAUCGGAUCAAGAUUCUGCUGCAGGCCCACUCGAUCCACUACAAACAUCUGGGCGUGUUCAGCGGGUUGAAGCACAUCGUCAAGAAGGAAUCGUUCAUAGCGCUGUACAAGGGCAACGGGGCCCAAAUGGUGCGGAUAUUCCCGUACGCAGCGACGCAAUUUACUGCCUUCGAGGUGUAUAAAAAGAGUUUAGCCAAAAUAUUGGGCACCAACCUGCCGAUCAAGCAUGCAGACAAGUUCGUAGCCGGAGCUGGUGCUGGUGUCACGGCCGUUACCCUGACCUACCCACUGGACACGAUCCGCGCUCGGUUGGCCUUCCAGGUUACCGGAGAGCACCGUUACAACGGAAUCGUACACACGGCCAUUUCCAUUUUCCAGACUGAAGGGGGCUUCCGGGCACUGUACCGAGGAUUCGUACCUACCCUGAUGGGUAUGGUUCCAUAUGCCGGAUUUUCCUUCUACUGCUUCGAGAUGCUCAAAUUCGUUUGCAUGAAAUACGCUCCCGGAGUGACGUGCGAUAGGCUAGAGAGGAAUACCGGUGGCCUUGUCCUCUCGGUGCCCGCCAAACUGCUGUGUGGUGGCUUUGCCGGCGCUGUGGCGCAAUCCUUUUCCUACCCCCUUGACGUGACGCGACGGCGGAUGCAGCUGGCCAUGAUGAAUCCGGAGACGGCCAAAUUCGGGAGCAUGGGAAUGUUCAGCACCUUGGCCAUCAUCUACAAGGAGAACGGCAUCAUGAGGGGCCUGUACCGGGGCAUGUCGAUCAACUACCUGCGUGCGAUCCCGAUGGUGGCCGUGUCCUUCAGCACGUACGAACUGAUGAAGCAGACACUCAACCUGGACACGGGCAUGAAAGUCUGAGGAACCACCAGCCGGGUCCAUUCCCUUAAAAAAAGCAUGUGGCUGCUGUGCAAUGAUGCGCGAAUGCGACCGAUCGAGAGAGAGAGAGAGAGCCGGGAACUGUGUGCGUGAGAUGGAGAGAACGAGUGUUACUUAGAAACUGCGGGACCUACUUUAUAGGAAUGGAAAGGGGAGAGUAGGGUUGUGAGGAAAUGUUCUUUUGGAACUGUUGCAGCAAGCAGGAUGGGGAAUUACGAGCUGAAAGCGGAAUUUCAAUGCAAGAAAAGAAAGUGCAUUUUGGAGCAGGGUUGUCAUCACUUUCUGUCUAGGCGCGAGCUUUGUGUUCCCCUAUGUUGCGUCCUGUUUUGUUUUUCCUUCUUCAUUACCUGCCAGUGUAUUUAUUUUUAAUUUCGUUCUCUUUCGUAAUCCCUUGUGUAUUGUAAAUGAUUAGUGUAAUUUUGUGGAACCUCUAUGGGACUUUUGAGUUUCAGUUCCGGUAGUUUUUAAAUGCAAAAGAACAAGGGUGGUGUAGGAUCAAUUUGAAUAGUAAAAGUGGAAAAGUACUUAAAAUUAUGAGCUUAGUCAAGUUAAAUUAGGCGUUAAUUGGAAACGAAAAAUUCUUCAGGCUUUAUCGUUCACAAAGGAUAAAGUUCACUCUUGAAAGAACUCAAUAUUUGUAUCAUGCAUCACCGGAAAUCCGUGACAUUUUUUUACUCAGUAUAGGGUUUCACUACUGAUUGAAAGUAAAUCCAUUAUAGUUUAUUUUUAGGAAAUUGCAUAUAUUAGGAAGAUUGUAUUUCGUUUUUAUCGUAGUCAAUUAUGGAUUUAUCUUCUUUUACCCCAAUAACAGACGAAUACAGCGCCAACAAAGACACAGAUUUGUAAAUAGUCGAAGAUGAAAGGGUGCAAAUCCCGAAUAAUAAAGAAGGCUACUGCUUAUUUUGUUACACUCGA